UUCUUGCAGCCGGCGCAUGUACCGUAGACUCCACGGACACACACAUAUACACACACACACACAAGCCUGUGGAGAGAGAGGAGGGAGGAUGGUGAUGAGGAUGUGGUCUGAGGAGCGGCUCUUCUCUCUUGAUGUUAUCUCACCUCCCCUGUGAAGCUGGGAAGCUUUUCAUCCUGUCUGCUUUAAGCCGCAGCUGCUGUUUGUGUGCGCGUGGGUGUUUUUCUACAUUUUUUUUAAUUUAUUAAUAUUUGCUGACCGGUUUUCUGUGUGUGCGCUAACAUCCACCAUCAUCUGGAGCCAUGUCGGACUCUGAGGACAUGACGGAGUUCGCCAGCAUCGUGGAGCGGAUCGAGCGAGGCGAGGUCCCGAUCAAGAACAUCGAGAGGGAGCUGAUCUGCCCGAUCUGCAAGGAGCUCUUCACCCACCCGCUGAUCCUGCCAUGCCAGCACAGCGUCUGCCACAAGUGUGUCAGAGAGCUGCUGAUGCUCAACCAUGAGGACUCUUUUGACGCCGGCUCCGAGUGCUCGCUGCCGGGCAGCCCCCGGUCCAGGGUGCCGUCUCCCUCCAUGGAGAGGCUAGACAGGCUUGUGAGAUCAGGUGGGUCUCAGGCCACAGUGCGAAGGUCGUUUGGAAGUCGAGGUCCUCGGAAACGAAGUGGAAAAACGGGCUUGCAAUCUGAGAUAAAUCCAGCACUCCUCGCUUCCCCUGUCCCCCAAAAACGCUCCGUCUCGUCCCCGGGGUGGCGCAGAGGUUCUGUGACUCCCCGGGUCACCACCAUCCCAUGCCCUGGCUGCCAGCAUGACAUCGACCUCGGUGAGCGCGGCAUCAGCAUGCUGUUCCGCAACUUCACCCUGGAGAGCAUUGUGGAGCGCUACCGCCAGGCUGCUCGCGCUGCCAUUGCCAUCAUGUGUAACAUCUGUAAGCCUCCGCAGCAGCAGGAGGCUACAAAGAGCUGCAUGGACUGCAAGGCUAGCUACUGUAACGAGUGCUUCAAGUAGCACCACCCCUGGGGCACACCCAAAGCUCAGCACGAGUAUGUUGGUCCCACCACGAACUUUAGGCCCAAGGUGCUCAUGUGUCCAGAGCACGAAAUGGAGAAGGUGAACAUGUACUGUGAGGUCUGCAAACGACCCGUGUGUCACCUCUGCAAGCUGGGAGGAUCCCACGCCAACCACAAAGUCACCUCCAUGAGCAGUGCCUACAAGAUCCUUAAGGAGAAGCUGGCCAAGAGUAUCCAUUACCUCAUCAGCAAAGAGGACCAGGUCAGGGCUCAGAUUACUGAUCUUGAGCAGCUCAUCAAUCAGACAGAGGAAAAUGGCCAGCUAGCAGAGCGCCAAGCCAAUGAGCACUUCGAGCGUCUGUUUGAGACGCUGCAGGAGAGGAAGUCGGAGAUGCUGAGGUCCAUCGAACAGUCCCGAAACCGACGCCUGGACCAACUCAGGGCUCAGGUGGAGGAGUACCAGGGCAUGCUGGAGAACAGUGGUCUUGUGGGCUACGCUCAGGAGGUGCUGAAAGAGACGGAUCAGUCCUGCUUUGUACAGACUGCAAAGCAGCUACACACUAGGAUCCAGAGGGCCACAGAGUCUCUGAGGACCUUCCACCCUGCGUCUGACCCCUGCUUUGACGAGUUUGUGCUGGACACAUCCAGAGAAGAAACUCUGCUCAAAGAGAUGUGCUUUGGUGGAGUUCCAGACCCUCCUCUGAUUGACUUGUCCAACAGCAGAGUCUAUAAUGAGGCAUCAAUCUGCUGGAGGCUGUCUGACGAUCACCUACCUACAGAUCACCACGUGCUUGAAUACCGCAGACUCGGAGGCCCGGGCCAAUCCCCGUCCCAGGAGGAUGGUGAGGACAGUGGUGUCUGGAGGGCUACAGACAGGGUUUAUGGUCCCAGCACUGUGGUGUGUGACCUGGACCCUGAUAGCCUGUACGCCUUCAGGGUCCGAAGCUGCAGGAACUCCAUGUUCAGCCCCCACAGCCCUGAAGUCACCUUCCACACUCCUCCUGCACCGGCUUUUGGUUUCCUGUUCAGCGACAAGUGUGGCUUCAGCACGGAGCGGCUCAUUCUGAACAAGCGACGGGACACUGUGGAGAGCGUAGCGAGCAUGGCCUUCCUCCUUGCAGCAGAGCGUGUGCAGACGGGCAGCUACAUGCAACUCGACUACAUCAUUGGGGACACGGGCAUCUCUCAGGGAAGACACUUUUGGGCCUUCAAGGUGGAGCCGUAUUCCUACAUGGUUAAAGUUGGAGUGGCCUCUGACUCGAAGCUGAUUGAAUGGUUCCACAAUCCCAGAGAUACCAGCAGCCCAAGGUAUGACCAUGAUAGUGGGCAUGACAGCGGCAGUGAAGACGCAUGCUAUGAGCUCUCCCAGCCCUUCACCCUCCUCACCCUCGGCAUGGGCAAGCUCUUCAUCCCCAAGGCUUCCUCAUCCUCUUCCGUCUCCACUGCAAACGCACCAGCCGGUGACCCCGGCAACCGCGUGCUUCCCAUGCCACAGCGCUUGGGUGUAUGCCUAGAUUACGACGCAUGCCGGGUGUUUUUCUAUGAUGCAGACACCAUGAGGUGCCUUUACGAGAGGCAGGUGGAUUGUUCGGGAACAAUGUAUCCAGCUUUCGGUCUCAUGGGCAGCGGCAAGGUUCAACUGGAGGAGUUCAUCACCGCUAAGAGACUGACCUUCUGAGGAGGGACGAAGCACAUUGAUGCUGCUUAGUCUUUGGCGUGUCCUGAGAAGAGCGGUUUUUAUUGACAGGGUGAUGGAGUACAAUCCAAAUAGAUUUUCUGAAGGUCAGAUGAAGCAGAUGUGAUCAGGGCCUUUAGUCCUAAAUGUGAAAAUGGGAUCUCUGCUAAAGAGUGGCCUAUUUAGAGUUGGCAUGAUUAAUGUAUGAUGCAUACACAAGAGUAUGACGCUGCAUAUUAGUGUCCACAUACAAAGGUCUUCAGAGGUUGGUAUGUGAAAGGUCUUCUCUACAUACCAAAGUCUCUCUCUUUAUUGUAUUUGACAUGGUUUUAAUCGCCAGCUAUGAUCAGCUGUUGUCCAAUUAGCUGCGAAGUUAAUCUGCAGCGACUUUAAAUAUUUGUUUUAACAUGAAACGCCUUCGAGCUUACACUUACACUUCCUCUUUUGCCAGGUACAUGUUUAUAGAUUAUUUUGUGUGUGUAUUAAUUAUGGGUGAUCUUUCUGGCUCUUCUCUGUAACUACUUGUCGAAACGUAGCAGCAUAGAUUUAGAUGUAACCUUGGUGGACCUGAGAGCCUUGUAGCUACUUUAAAGCUAGCGCCUUCGUGCCUUUUUUUUUGGUUUUGUUUUUCAUAGGAAAUGGGUCCCUUACUGUUUAGUGUCAUUGCACAAGCACCAUGAAAAUACUUCUCAACGUAAAUACUGUAUGUGUUUUUACUGUAGGUGGUUUGAUCACAGACACUGGUGUCAAAGUUAUAACCUUACUAUUAUUCAUUAUACUUACCUAUUUACUCUUGACUCUAUCACAGUUAACACUACUUUUCCUCCUUGUCACAGUUAUGUUCAGCUGUUUUUGCACAAUGAUGAAUGAAGCUGCGCACAUGAUAAUCAUCACAUUUGAUCACUACCUAGUUAGCUUCUUCACGAUAAACAUUGUAGACAUACUUUCACACUUUCACGCUUUCACGCUCGCAAAAAGCGUUCACAUUUGGAGUAGUCGCUUAGAUUUUAAAGCCUCUCACUGUUUGCACAGCACUGAAUGUGACUCCAACACCAUUAAACCAGCCAGGUACCAGACCACCGGGUACUUGUUGUCAGCGUCAGUUUGACAGCUGCAAAGUCACUCAUAGCCAAAGUGUGUUGGUUCUGGUGCUGACUCAAGUGCAACAUACCGCUCUGUGGCCUAGCAGCCUUUAAACACAGUUUAAAAACAAACAAAAAAAAGUUAUUCAGGUUCUUACAGAAAGUGCUAUCACAAAACACACUUUGCUAUCAAAACCACCGUUUACUUGCAGUGCAGACACACAAAGUGUAGCAUAUUGGGAUGUCACCGUUGAGUUUGGCUAUCAGACAGAUCACCUAAGUGGUUGAUUGGCUUUGAUUACAUCAGCUCAGAUAUUUAAGUCUGAGAGAGCACACUAGAGAGACUUUUCGCCGGGCGACCGCACUUGUUUUUGUAUAGACAUAUACUGUAUAUGUGCCUGCACAUUGGUUUGUUUGUGCAUUCAUGUAUAUUUUGAUUUCUGGCGGGUUAGGGUAAUCGGUGUGUGCGUGUUUUCUCAGGUUUCUGGCCCUGACUGGGGCCCCAAUGCUACCUACCUCUAUCCGUCAGGCCUGGAAAACCUUAACUACUGUACCUUUCCUCGCAGAAACAAGUUUGGUUUGAUUUGCAGCUUUGUCCGCAACAGUCAGCUCAAUAUCUCCGCCUUCUCUUUAAACGUCAGAUAAUAAGCUGAUCUUUCAGAACGUUUGAUUUAUUUUCCAUGUACAUAUUAAUUCAGAGUAUAUUAUUUUCAGUGAAAUAAAGUACAUCUUAAAUAGUUAUGUUAUUAGUUGGUGUUUGCUUGUGGAACGAGAUGUGUGUCACUAUUGGUGGAAAUUACUGUAACCUGUUCAGCUGCCUUUGUCAAGGGAGUGUUUCUCAAAUGGUACUAACAACCUUUUCUUCCUCCUUUUUUGUGGUGUUGGUUUGAUUAAGUCAGUUUAAAUGUGUUUAGAUAUAUAGUGUGGAACACAUUAUGGGUUUUUGUUCUGGGUUAAACAUUCAAUGCUUCAUGUAGCCGGACAGAAACCUUCUCCAGUUUAAAAAAGAAAUAUUGGAUUUCUGUGACUGUACAUAUAUUUUGUCUCACAGGUGUUGCUCUGUUAUUUUCACUACACUUUUCAGAGGUCACAGGCCUGAACCCUGAUCCCUGUACUUUAAAAAUUGACUGUUUCAACAUCUUUAAAACAAGUCUAUGCAUAAAUGAAUUGGCAGGGCAGGUUCACGUUUUUAUUUCCAUCACAGAAUGUAUUCCUCUUUCUUACCGCUGAAUGUUCGCUGGUUUUCUUCUCUUGGUUCGCGUUCCACUCGGGGUCACAGCACAGUCGUUUGUAGUUAUAGAAAUCUGAUAAAAGGCUUGUCAUUUCAACAACUCAUCUGAUUUUAAAGUAAAAUGCAUCCUAGCCUGCUUUUUUAGUAACGAAUUUAGAACCAAAUAUUUUGCAGGCUGGCUCUCAAUCUAAUUCCAAGCUAGCACUUUAAAAAUCUGUAGCAUGUCAGCAAGUGUUUGGCUCUGCAGGUGUGUAUCUUAAAUGUAUGUGCAAUAUUAUGAAACAGGCUGUAGAAAAGCGUUUAGACAGACAUAAGCCUAUCGAGACAAUUUGCACUGUAAUUAGUUUAUAGUUUACUUUGUGGUUUAAAGUGGGGGUUUUCCUCAAUACAAAGUUUAAACACUACUUGAUUUGUAAAUGUGUUUGUUUUUGAACUGAACUCUAAAUUAGUGACAGUGCACUUGUCUUUGUGUGUUUUCUCCAGAGGUUUUGGAUGUGGUGUGUAAGUGGUGGGUUUCUGUAUGUGUAGUAUGUAAAGAUGUGGAAAUAUUGUUCUCUGCUCUGAUUCCUGGAAAUGCUACACUCUUUAAUUUGCUGUGUGGGGACUUCAUCAAAUAAAACUAGUGUGUUUUUAAAUCUA